UGUGCAUAGGCGGAAGCGCCUCUCAUCUGUCAAGCUACAAGCGACUAAGCGGUGAAGUUUUAGUUGAAGUGCAAGAAUUAGCUUCACAGAUUCAGUGCAUACUUUUCAAUAUAGUUAAAAAUGGAAGGCCAGCGCUGGUUGCCUUUGGAAGCUAACCCCGAUGUAAUGAACCAAUUCCUGCGGCAGCUGGGUCUGCAGCCGAGCUGGCAGUUUGGGGACGUGUACGGUCUGGAUCCAGAGCUGCUCAGCAUGGUUCCCAGGCCUGUGAGCGCGGUCCUGCUCCUGUUCCCCGUGACAGACAAGUAUGAAACCUUCAGGAUGGAGGAGGAGGUGAAGAUCAGGGCGCAGGGUCAGCAGGUCAACCCCGACGUGUACUUCAUGAGGCAGACGAUAGGCAACGCCUGCGGCACCAUCGGCCUGAUCCACGCCGUGGCCAAUAACCAGGCCCGUCUGGACUUCGAACCAGAUUCUGCCCUGAAGAAGUUUCUGGUGCAGUCCAGUUCCCUCAGUCCAGAAGAUAAGGCCACUUUCCUUGAGAAAGACGAGAGUAUUCGUGUCACGCACGAGUCCAGCGCGCAGGAAGGACAGACAGAGGCCCCGAGUUUAGAUGAAAAAGUGGACUUGCAUUUUAUUGCAUUUGUGAAUGUCGGGGGGAGUCUGUAUGAGCUGGACGGCCGCAAGCCCUUCCCAAUCGCCCAUGGGAAAACCACAGAGGACACUUUCCUUGAGGACGCGACGGCAGUCUGUCAGAGAUUCAUGGCGCGAGACCCGGAUGAGCUGCGCUUCACCGUCGUCGCGCUCUCCAAGGCGUGAAGCCCAACGGUCUUCCGCGCGACCCUCUGCUGUCAACCCCAAUUUAAAAUUACUGCCAAUCCUUCGCAAGUGCUGAAAGUAUUAGGAAAUUAGCGUUUCUAUGGAGAUAGAGUAAUACUGAACAAGGGAAGAAUAGACAUGUUAUAUUUAUGCAAGUCUGUUCCUGAUUUCUCUCAAGAUUUUGCUGGCCAGCUUCACGAAAAUGGAUUAUUUAAAAAACUAAUUAUCCAGCCACUUCCUACCAGAAUAAAAUAAUCGCUUGUGCUGUGGGAUUAUGAGUACAAUUAUGGGUGAACAUUACUGAACAUAACGGUUUGUGUUUGGAUGUCAGCACUUCAGUAUUAAUGUAGUUCAACUUGCAGUCAGACUGCCCCUAAACUAAACUUAACAGCGGUUCUCAUUUAGAUCUAAGAUUGUGAGGUACCUUACAUAUAUUGAGAGGGUAAAAACUGACAGAGAUUUGAUGCAUGUGUGCUAUUAUUUAUAUGCCUAAUUUCCAUGUGUGCCACACAAGAACAAUUGUGAUUUUUUUUUUCUCAACAAAAUGAAUAAAUUUUCUUGAUCUCUUGUUGACACUGCU